AUGAACGGAGCAAACGGAGCGUUUUUGACGAACGCGGAGCCGAGGAAAGGCGAUACGACGACGAGCGAAAACGCUUCUUUCUGCAAAAACACGUUCCGAUGGGUCGUCGACAUCGACCAGUGGCAUCCAAUCGAAGAACACGAAGGGAGAGAGUUUCAGUUUUUAUUAAAUUUGAUUCAACAGGAAGACGAACGAGAACAAGUUUUGAAGUAUUACCAUUUCGCGGAUAAGAAGAGAGCGCUGGUGUCGAGAUUGAUGACGCGAGCGGCGUGCGCGAAAGCGAGAGGGUGCAAGUUUGAGGAGGUUAUCAUCGGGAGGACGAAAGGGAGGAAACCGUUCUUUAAGAACGUGCACGAGGUAGCCGCGAGGACGACGACGACAAACAACGGCGGUAGUAGUAGUAUUAGUAACGGCAACGCGACGAUGACGAUGAUGAGAGACGGUGGAAGAAUAGGUAUUGCGAACGCGCCAAACUUUAACUUUAACGUCAGUCACGAAGGGAAAUACGUCGCGUUGGUUUCGGAACCGUACGCGAUUUGCGGCGUCGACGUCGCCGCGCCGGACCAACUUCGUCUAGGGAAUCGGUCGAUUUCCGCCAUCGAGGAAAUUUUUGAGACGUUCGAUACGACGUUACAUCCGAAAGAAAAAGCGCAAAUUUUAAAACAAAAUGGAUUAUCCAGUCAACUUUCGAGAUUUAGACAGAUUUGGUCGUUGAAAGAGGCGUGGUCGAAGUGCAUGGGGACUGGGUUAGGAGCGAAAUUUGCCUCGGCGGAGUUUACGAUUUCGCAAGACGUGGAAGCGGCGGUAAAUGCCAAUAAUGACAAUGAUGACGAUGAUAAAGUAAAGAGUACUAAACAACAAAACGCAAACGUCCAAAUCGACGAUAAAAAGGACUUUGGCGGCGCUUGGACCGCUACCAUUUCCGUCGAUGGCGUCAACGAAAUCGGCCAGCGCGACGAAAACUGGAGUUUCUACUUACACCCGUUCCCCCCGCUCGAAGACGUUUACGACAUCCCCGACGACGAAACGCACUGGAUAACCGUCGCCAGAGGUCCAACCAGCUGCGUCGUUGAUGCGCACGGCGAAUUCUGGAAAACUUUAAAAGCAAAAAACAUCGAAUCGAACGAACAAAAAGACACGUGGACGAGAGACAUUUGGCGAAGAGCGCCUUCGUUUCGGAUGUUGCGGGUGGCGGAUUUGGUCCCGGAGGAGUUGCGCUAUCGAUUUCAGUGUUUGGUGAAAGAGGAGGAAAAUUGCGAAAGAGUGUUGGAGAGUAUCGCGGCGACGGCGAUUGUGAAAUGA